AUGUCAACGGAAACAUUCUCAUCCUCAUCAUCAAUCUCAUCACCAUCCACUUCUGAUCCUCCAUCACCUCCUUUAAUCGCAAAAUGUCUUAUUUGUGGAAUGCCAUCCCGAGGCAAUCAUUUCGGUGUUCUUUCAUGUAGAGCUUGUGCCGCUUUUUUCAGAAGUUUCCAGAACACAAUGUUUCCAGACGAUCGUUUGUUCAGAAAAAGGAGUAUAAGUGUCGACAGAGAAAUGUUGGGAAGUGUGAUGUCAGUGGGAAUGAUCGACGUCCAAAUGGAUCGAAAUUCUGAAUCCUUUGACGAAUCCAUCGCAUCUGAUGGUUCCUUCAGCUUGGCACUAGAACCAGUACAACAUUCCACACUGUAUCAGAGUCUCAAAAAUCCCAAAAUUUUGAUAGAUGUGACGCCGACGAUAAACAAGUUGAAAACAGUUUUGGCCAGUUCCAUGCCACCCCUGAUCAACAGUGAGUACUUCAAAAUGAACACACUGGAACGAAUGAAGUUCGCUCUAUGGAACUAUCGAUCGGAGAGGAAUUUUGGAGAUUUGAAGUUUGAAAAACAAAUUGUUGUGGAGAUUCCGAACAAAAAAUGGGAGUGUGACUUGAUACGAAUCGCGAAUUGGUUAUUACACUCUGAGCACUUUCGAAUGUUGCCCCUGGAAGAGAAAAUGGCGAUUUUCAAAAAAAUUUGGAUGCGAUGGAGGAAGUUUGAGAAAUGGCUCAUUUCGGUGGACACAUUUGGACACAAAGUGUAUAAGGAGAAUGUGAUAGUGUGCUCGAAUUAUAAUGCGGCCAAUUUGAAUAAGAUUCAAAUUGAUUAUUCAAAUAUUACUGAUAGAUCGAAUGAUGAAAUGAAUCAGCUAUUCGGAAAGCAACUAUGGCGAAUGCAAAGGGAAGUUGCAAAACCUCUGGCUGAAAUAGCACCAUCCACAAUCGAAAUGACCUAUAUGUUGUGCCAACUGGUUUGGAAUAGUUUAGACGUCGAACUUGACAACUACUCCGUCGACGUUGGCGAGAAGUUUCUCAACGAGAUCUCAGAAAACCUCCACGAAUAUUACGCGGAGCAGAACGUUCAAAACUACGCGUGGCGUCUUCAAAAGCUCAUGAAAAUUGUGAAUAAUGUGAAAGAAAUCGAGCGGGAACGCGAGGAAAUGAUGAAGUUGGCCGAACUGUUCGACGUCUUCAAAAUCAAACUCUCCGAUAAGGAUCUCUUUAUUUGCUAG